AUGAAAAAACUGAGGCUAGCAGGAUAUCCGGUUUCGGUCAUGACAACUUACAACAAAAUGGCGGCGGUAAACAUGCCGAGCUGUUGUUGCGUUCCACAGUGUAAAAAUAUCACAAAAGAUGAAUUUCAUUUAUUUCGAUUUCCAUUAAAUCGCCCGGAUAUUUUACAACUGUGGAUUGCAGCAAUUGGAAGAGACGAUUUUAAACCUACAAAAUACAGCUUAAUAUGCAGUUUACAUUUUCAAGAAAAUGAUUUUAUGAAAAGACCCAAUGCAAGUGGUGUCCGGUUGAAUAAUCUUGCUGUGCCUUCAAUAUUUUGUGCUCCUAUUUCUGCGGAUGUAACUGCUUCUGCAAUUGAGACUCCGUCAAUUGAAUUCAAUACUACUCUUGCUUCUACAUCUGCUGUGGUGCCAGAAAUCAAAUGGAAAAGUAGUAUUUUAAAACCAAAAGAAGAUAAUUCGAAAGAGAAUACAAGUACUCCUAAUACUACUAUCAAAAUACACAUGCACAAAUCAAGAACAAUUAUGAAUAAUUCGUCUACAAUUAAUAACUAUGAUUUGUCGAAAAUAUUUAACAAUAAGACUAUAUUCUAG